CCUUUGUCAGUUGCAUUAGAUCGGCGGAUUGUAACGAUGUUUGAAGUAAAUCUGAAACUAUUUUUGCUGAUUCUGACAGCUUUUAGUUUAGCAAAAGCUUGUCGACUAUUUGUGCAGCAUCCGCGACCUUUGUUGUCGAAAAAUUUCGGUUCCAAAAAUUUAACAUUUCGAGCAAAGCCAAGCGGGCUUGAACUUAGUGAGAAUGAAAGUAUAGAGGUUUAUUGUGCGAGCGGCAUAAUCUUUAAUGGCUACAGCGUGGAACGUCACUCGCUUCAUAAGAAGGCAUUACUAUCUUGUGGGAAGGAUGACUACAUCUAUGUGAAAGGGCAUUUUGAAAAUAUCUAUGAUCGCGAUUUUACUAUUCGAUGCUCGUCGUCGAUUAGUUUAAAUCUUUAUGAGAGUCAAAGGACAUUGGCGAACUGUGAUGAGUUCAUGAGUUAUGCAAUUGGCGAAAAUAUACCGUUAGUUGGUACAGUUAUUAAGUCAGCAAUAUGUUAUGAUCUUGAGAGCUUUGCGCUGAAGUAUGCCAACUAUAUAGCUUACCAAAGAAACGAUAUUUGGAUUUCAAACGAGCCAAACCUUUCGAAUGAACUCGGUGUCGAUCUUGCGCAAGCAGUUGGUAAUCUGGAAAACUAUUUCGAUUUUAUGAGCCAGUCAAAUUUCAAUAUAUCAAGAGACUUUAUGCGCAGAGAUUCAAAUCCAUUUUUUAAGGCAUUCGAAUAUGACUACGACAGCAUUCUGCAAGAUGAUAAUUUUCGCAAUGAAUUCGAUGAUUUUGCUUACAUCUUCAAUACGAUGUGGUGGCGACAGCUGCGUGAAAAUAAUUGGCGCUUUUUCUUAAAUGCACUCAAAAAACGUACAUUUUCUGAGAAAUAUACAGUUUUUGUAGGACGUUAUGGUAAUGCAACAAUGCCAGCGAAGGAGGCCCCAGAUGGCAAGCCGGAAGAGGUGACUGUACAAUCAACUGACUUGGCCGUGUCGGCUCCCAAAUAUAUAUGGGCAUAUGUGAAACCACUCAUACCGAAUACUGCAGAGGAAUUUGUUGUAAUAGCAACCAAUUCUCCCUAUAUAGAGGCGCCAGACCACACAGAGUUCUGUGAAAAGGAUAUUUGUGACGACAUUGCCUGGUUGAAAGAGAGCAGAUUUGGACACCUACGCCGUGUUCCAACACUCGGUUAUACAUUCUGUUGUCGUGUGGAAGAAGUAGCGAAGAUCAUCGAGCAUUUUCCGGUAUCAACCAAAAUCUUGGAAACAACAACUGCCGCUGUUCCCUUGCACUCAUUAUCACCUUGAACAACCGCAGCUGUUAUCAAUUUAAUAAUAACAGCAUUUGUAGUCUCUGAAAUUUUGCAUUGAAAUAACUUUUUGUAGCUGUUGCAUUUCAAUAAAUUUACUAUUCAAUAUAUGUA